AUGUUUUGUUUUGGCUUCUACUUUUGUGUGAUUACUGGUGAUCUGCUUAUUUUUUCUUGUUCUUUUAUAAUUUUAUUGUUUGGCUGUUUUCUAUUCCAUAAUUUUAAUGUUACCAUUCCCGAUGAAGACAAGUCACUUACGACUUCACCUGAGCCCGAAAUAGCACCACCAACAGCGGAAGUGUCGGAUAUCGAUACAAUACCAAAUACUAUCACUUCUGUUUCCCCUCCGUUAACCGUGGUAGAGUUCACCACUACAACGCCAAAAAAAGUGGAUUUUAGUCACUUUGUCCCAAUAGUGGAUCUCUCGAAUAUGAUCGUCCGAGUGUUGAAUACCAAGGAAAAUCGAGUUGUUCCCGAAGUUCGAAUAGAAAGGGGUUAUUUAUCAUUUGAAAAUGGGACCUCUAUUUUUGUUCGAGAUGUUCCAGGUUUUCUCCCUCCUGAAGAGGCCAUGUCUGACGCGACUAUCUCUGUUGAUUUAGUAAAGGGAACGACUACUCUACUUAAUUUGACAACUUCUAUCCCAAUAAUGUCUCGAAGUUCUUCGGAAGGAAUUCCUUUAGAGACAAUUCAGAAAUAUGGUGCAGGUGCGGUCUUUGAAAUGCUUCUUGACAACGCUAUCAUCCAUGUGGACUCGUAUCAAGGUGAUUGGACAGUGCAAACUACAGAAUCCUUUGAAAGUAGUUUAGUUCAGGAGGUUAGAGACGGUGUGCUCUACUUAGCUAAUGGCGAACAAGUAAAAAUGCCCACUACGGAAUCUAAAGACCAGGUGUUUGCAAUCGAGGCAGUGACUGGGGUUGUUCGAACCGUGAAUAAGGAGACUGGUGAAUGUUUUGCAAGUUUUCAGCCAGACAGUUCUGUAACAAUUCCACCGAAAGAAGAACAGACUUCUAAAGCUGAAGAAAAGAAGGAAGAAUUGACUUCACCUUUUCCGUUAAAGGAAGAAACAGCACCCUCUACAGGAAGAAGAAGCAUUGUCUAA